CACUCACUCCGGGAGCGGGAGCGCGGCGCGGACGCGGGGCCGCCGGGGCUGCUGCGCGCACAGCAGCCGGAGCCCGAGCCGAGCCGAGCCGCAGCGCCGAGCCGAGCCGAGCCGAGCGGGCCGAGCCGCAGCCCGGGCCGGCCGGGCGGGUGGCGGCUCAUGGACAGCAGCAGGGCGGGCGGCCGGCGCUGCCCCGAGGCGGCCCUCCUGUUUCUGGGACCCGUCAGGAUGGGGCCCCUGAGGCCCAGCCCAGGCCCUGGGGGGCAGCGGUGGCUCCUGCCCCCCCUGCUGCUAGCUCUGCUGCUCUGGGUGGCUCCAUCCCCAGGCUAUGCCACGCAGGUCUUGUACAAAGUGCAGGAAGAACAGCCGCCCAAUACCCUCAUCGGGAGCCUGGCUGCAGACUACGGUUUACCAGACAUGGGCCACCUGUACAAACUGGAGGUGGGCGCCCCAUACCUCCGGGUGGAAGGCAAGACGGGCGACAUCUUCACCACUGAGACCUCAAUUGACCGCGAGGGGCUCCGUGAAUGCCAGAACCAGCUGCCCAGCGAGCCCUGCAUCCUGGAGUUCGAGGUGUCUAUCACUGAUCUCACGCAGAGCUCCAGCCCCCGGCUGCUGGAGGGUCAGAUCGAGGUGCUGGACAUCAACGACAACACGCCCAACUUCGCUUCACCCAUCAUCACGCUGCCCAUCCCUGAGAACACCAACAUCGGUUCGCUCUUCCCCAUCCCCAUGGCCUCCGACCGCGACUCGGGGCCCAACGGUGUGGCCUCCUAUGAGUUGCAGGCCGGGCCUGAGGCGCAGGAGUUGUUUGGGCUGCAAGUGGCUGAGGACCAGGAGGGGAAGCAGCCACAGCUCAUUGUCAUGGGCAACCUGGACCGGGAGCGCCUGGACACCUAUGACCUCACCAUCAAGGUACAGGAUGGCGGGAGCCCCCCUCGCGCCAGCAGCGCCCUGCUGCGCGUCACUGUGCUGGACACCAAUGACAACGCCCCCAAGUUCGAGCGACCCUCAUAUGAGGCUGAGCUGUCGGAGAACAGCCCCAUCGGUCACUCGGUUAUCCAGGUGAAGGCCAAUGACUCAGACCAAGGUGCCAACGCCGAGAUCGACUACACAUUCCACCAGGCUCCAGAAGUGGUUCGGCGCCUCCUGCGGCUGGACAGGAACACAGGGCUCAUCACGGUGCAGGGCCCAGUGGAUCGGGAGGACCUCAGUGUCCUACGCUUCUCUGUGCUGGCCAAGGACCGAGGCACCAAUCCCAAGAGUGCCCGCGCACAGGUGGUGGUGACUGUGAAGGACAUGAAUGACAAUGCCCCCAGCAUCGAGAUCCGGGGCAUUGGGCUGGUGACACACCAGGACGGGAUGGCCAAUAUUUCCGAGGAUGUGGCAGAGGAAACAGCCGUGGCACUGGUGCAGGUGUCAGACAGAGAUGAGGGUGAGAACGCGGCCGUCACCUGUGUGGUUGCAGGGGAUGUGCCCUUCCAGCUGCGCCAGGCCAGCGAGACUGGCAGCGAUAGCAAAAAGAAGUACUUCCUGCAGACCACUACUCCGCUGGACUACGAGAAGGUCAAAGACUACACCAUCGAGAUUGUAGCUGUAGACUCGGGGAACCCACCGCUCUCCAGCACCAACUCGCUCAAGGUUCAGGUGGUGGAUGUGAACGACAACGCGCCCGUGUUCACCCAGAGCAUCACUGAGGUGGCCUUCCCAGAGAACAACAAGCCAGGGGAGGUGGUUGCCGAGGUCACAGCCAGCGAUGCUGACUCGGGCUCAAAUGCUGAGCUGGUCUACUCUCUGGAGCCUGAGCCGGCUGCCAAAGGCCUCUUCACCAUCUCGCCAGAGACGGGUGAGAUCCGGGUGAAGAGCUCCCUAGACCGGGAGCAGCGGGACAGCUAUGAAUUGAAGGUGGUGGCCGCCGACCGGGGCAGCCCCAGCUUGCAGGGCACGGCCACCGUACUGGUCAACGUGCUGGACUGCAACGACAAUGACCCCAAGUUCAUGCUGAGCGGCUACAACUUCUCGGUGAUGGAGAACAUGCCAGCGCUGAGUCCUGUGGGCAUGGUGACCGUCAUUGAUGGGGACAAGGGGGAGAAUGCCCGGGUGCAGCUCACAGUGGAGCAGGAUAAUGGGGACUUUGUCAUCCAGAACGGCACAGGUACCAUCCUGUCCAGCCUGAGCUUCGACCGUGAGCACCAAAGCACCUACACCUUCCAGCUGAAGGCGGUGGAUGGUGGGGUCCCACCACGCUCAGCUUAUGUCGGCGUCACCAUCAAUGUGCUGGACGAGAAUGACAACGCGCCCUAUAUUACUGCCCCUUCCAAUGCCUCGCACAGCCUGCUGACCCCCCAGACUCGUCUCGGCGAGAAAGUCGGCCAGGUGACAGCUGAGGACAUUGACUCCGGGGUCAAUGCCGAGCUUACCUACAGCAUUGCUGGGGGCAACCCCUAUGGACUGUUCCAGAUUGGGUCGCAUUCAGGCGCCAUCACCCUGGAGAAGGAGAUUGAGCGGCGCCACCACGGCCUGCACCGGCUGGUGGUGAAGGUGAGUGACCGCGGCAAGCCCCCACGCUAUGGCACAGCCUUGGUCCACCUCUACGUCAAUGAGACCUUAACCAACCACACGCUGCUGGAGAUGCUGCUGGGCCACAGCCUGGACACGCCGCUAGAUAUAGACAUCGCUGGUGACCCGGAGUACGAGCGCUCCAAGCAGCGGGGCAACAUCCUCUUCGGCGUGGUGGCCGGCGUGGUGGCUGUGGCCCUACUCAUUGCCCUGGCAGUGCUCGUGCGCUAUUGCCGGCAGCGGGAGGCCAAGAGUGGCUACCAGGCUGGAAAAAAGGAGACCAAGGAUCUGUAUGCCCCCAAGCCCAGCGGCAAAGCCUCCAAGGGCAACAAGAGUAAAGGCAAGAAGAGCAAGACCCCCAAGCCCGUGAAACCCGUGGAAGACGAGGACGAGACUGGGCUGCAGAAGUCCCUCAAGUUCAACCUGAUGAGCGAUGCCCCUGGGGACAGUCCCCGCAUCCAUCUGCCCCUCAACUACCCUCCUGGCAGCCCUGACCUGGGCCGCCACUACCGCUCUAACUCGCCGCUGCCCUCCAUCCAGCUGCAGCCACAGUCACCCUCAGCCUCCAAGAAGCACCAGGUGGUGCAGGACCUGCCGCCCGCAAACACAUUUGUGGGCACUGGGGACACCACGUCCACGGGCUCCGAGCAGUACUCCGACUACAGCUACCGCACCAACCCCCCCAAGUACCCCAGCAAGCAGUUACCUCACCGCCGAGUCACCUUCUCCGCCACCAGCCAAGCCCAGGAGCUGCAGGACCCGUCCCAACACAGCUACUACGACAGCGGCCUGGAGGAGUCGGAGACACCAUCCAGCAAGUCUUCCUCGGGGCCCCGGCUUGGCCCCUUGGCCCUGCCCGAGGACCACUAUGAGCGCACCACCCCCGAUGGCAGCAUAGGAGAGAUGGAGCACCCUGAGAAUGACCUGCGGCCUCUGCCCGACGUCGCCAUGACGGGCACGUGCACCCGGGAGUGCAGCGAGUUCGGCCACUCGGACACGUGCUGGAUGCCCGGCCAGUCGUCCCCCAGCCGCCGCGCCAAGAGCAGCGCCCUCAAACUCUCCACCUUCGUGCCUUACCAGGACCGAGGAGGGCAGGAGCCUGCGGGCGCCGGCAGCCCCAGCCCCCCGGAAGAACGGAACACCAAAACGGCCCCCGUGCGCCUCCUGCCCUCCUACAGUGCCUUCUCCCACAGUAGCCAUGACUCUUGCAAGGACUCGGCCGCCUUGGAGGAGAUUCCCCUGACCCAGACCUCGGACUUGCAGCCCGCAGCCGCCCCGGCGCCCGCCCCGACAGCCAAGCGCGAGAUCUACCUGUGAGCUCCCCGCCGGUCGGUCGCGGCCGCCCGUCCUGUCCUGCCCCGGCCGCCGGCCAGUCCCCCAUGGGCCCGUUCCAGGCGCCCCUCCUGACCCCUCCGGCGCGGACUUACGGGCUGCGGCCCCAGGUGAGGGGGAACAGGCCUCCAGCCGUGCUGCCCUCCCCCCUGCACAGGGUUUAGGUCCUCCCUGCCUUCCCCCCCCAGCCCCUCUGCAGUGCUCCCCUCCCUGACUUCGGGGAGCACUCCACCCUCGGGGCCAGCGGUGGGGUUGGAGGUGGGGGGCCCACUUGCAACUCAUCGAUUCCCCAGGGUGGAUGCGGCAACCAGAGCUGGGUGGGCUGGCCGGGGCUGGGUGGAUACCCCAGUUUGCCCCAAAGCAGGGCUGAACUGGGGUGGGGGCCCCCUCUCCCUGGGAGCCAACCCCCCGCCCCCAGAGGAAACUCGCUGGCCAGGAGCUCCCCGAAGGGCUGACGUUACCAAAGGUGGGGCGGGCACGGGGUGGGCACGGCGGGGCCUCGUCUUCCGCGCUGCUCCUGGGCUGGCCCCCUGCCUGCCACAGGCCCGAGCCUGCCCGCCCUGGGCGCCCCCUUCCCUGCUGGUCACGCAGUGUCUGUAUAUAAGGACCUUGGAAUGAUGUCCCCAUUUCUGCCUGAUUUGCAACUUUUCUUGUUGAUGUUGUGUUGUCUUGGGGGACCCCUCGGGGGGGAACACCUGCCCUGUGCCCCCUCAUCCCUGCCGCAGUGCCCCCCCCCACACCCCAGGCCUCUACUGUUCUAUGUUGUAAAUACCCCUGGGGCUGUGGCACGGUGGCUGUGCAGGCCA